UAUUAUGCUACAACCUAUAAGGGAGUGUAUGAUUUAAACUUGGACGGCAAGUUUACCGUAGCAUGUUUUUCUUCGUCUAAGUUUUUCCAAACUCAACUGAUAAUCGAUUACUGGUGCGUUAAAGUAUCAACCUUUUUGUGACUCAACGAGUUAGGGUUUUGCUUUGUUCCCUUUUCGUUCCUAUAGGAGCUGGAUUGGGUGUGAUAAUGGUGAAAAACGUUGGAGUUGGAAGUGAUGCUGAGUCUGAUGAGUUUAUGGAGUACCUCAUGAAACAAGUCAUUGAUGGAAAGGAUAGUGAUGUCACAUUUGAUAACUUUCCUUUUUACUUAAGUGAAAGAAUCAAAAUUUUGUUGACAAGUGCGGGACAUUUUCAUUUAAGACAACAUGACCUAUCCAAGCACACUACGAACCUUUCGCCACUGAGCCGAGCUAUUUUGCUUUCUGAACCUAACGAGCUUUAUCAUCAUAUGCUUGCCAAAGCUUUAGCAAAUUGCUAUGGAUCGAAGUUACUGUAUCUAGAUAUUGAUUACUUCUCUUCGAAGAUGCGGGGCAAAGAUGGAUGUUCUACAAAAGCACGGCAUUUAAAAAGGUCCAAAUUUGAGGCGGCUUUGGAGUGUCUGUCUGGUUUCCUUAGUCAUCUGCCGAUCCUCCCUAAAACAGUUCCUUCGAAGUGCAAAUGCCCAGACUGUUCUAAUGCAAAGCUUUUUCUAUAUUCACUCUCCAAGGUCUUGGUUUCUAUAUUAGAAACUGGUUCUGUCAUUUUAUACAUCAAGAAUGCUGAGAAGAUCUUUCUUCGAUCACCAAGGAUCUACAGUUUGUUCAAAAUACUAUUCGAUAAACUUUCAGGACCAGUGUUGAUACUCGGUUCUAGGUCUGAUGAUUUAAAAGACGAUUCUACAAAAGUCAAUGAAAAACUCACUAUGUUAUUCCCUUACCAUAUUGAGAUUAAACCGCCUCAGGAUAUGACUCAUCUCAAAAUCUGGACAGAACAACAAAAAAAGGCCAUGGAAAAGACUUCUUUGGAAGAUAAAACCGCCCGCGUUGCUGAAGUGUUUGCAACAAAUGGCAUUGAUUGUAAUGUCUUGGAUUCAAUUAGUAGUACUGAUAUGAUGAUACUUAGUAAUCACACCGAAGAGAUUGUGGCAUCUUCAAUUUUUUAUCACUUGAAGAAUACUGAAAAUCCAGAGUACCGAAAUGGAAUCCUAACUAUAUCGGCCACGAGUUUGUGCCAUGUAUUGAGCCUUUUUCAGGAGGGUGAAAGUGGUGAAAAUGAUGAAAACAACACUAAAAAUAAGUCAAAAAAGGAUGAUCCCGGAAAAGAUAAACCUAUUUCAAACGGGACCGAGAAAGACAGUGAUAUUAAAGCUAUUUCAAACGAAAAAAAGAAAGACAGUGAUAUUAAUGAUACUACAAAACCUAAAGUUCCUGCUGACAACUCCUAUGAGGAGUUAAUAAGAAAAGAGCUUAUCCCUGCAAAUGAGAUAAAGGUGAGUUUUUCAGAUAUUGGUGCAUUGGAUGAUGUAAAAGAAUCACUUCAAGAAGUGGUUAUGCUUCCCCUUAGAAGACCAGAUCUAUUCAAAGACGGUGGGUUAUUGAAGCCAUGUAAAGGUGUGUUGCUUUUUGGACCUCCCGGUACAGGAAAAACAAUGCUUGCAAAGGCAAUUGCAAAUGAAGCUAGAGCAAGUUUCAUCAAUGUCUCUUUGUCUGUCAUCACUACUAUGUGGUUCGGAGAAAGUGAAAAGAAUGUUCGAGCUCUGUUUUCAUUAGCGGCAAAGGUUGCCCCGACGAUUAUUUUCAUUGAUGAAGUUGAUAGCUUGCUUGGGAAGCGGACUUCGGGUGAGCAAAACGUUGUGAGAGGGAUUAAAAAUGAAUUCAUGACCCAUUGGGAUGGACUUUUGUCAAAACCUGAUGAGAAAGUUAUUGUCCUUGCUGCGACCAACAUGCCAUUUGCCCUUGAUGAAGCAGUUAUAAGACGGUUUCAGCGCAGGAUCAUGGUUGGUCUUCCGUCUGCUGAAAACAGGGAAGUGAUCUUGAGAACUCUUCUAGCUAAGGAAAAACAUGAAGAUAUAGACUUCAAAGAGCUUUCAACUAUGACAGAAGGAUACAGUGGGAGUGAUCUUAAGAACUUGUGCAUGACUGCAGCAUAUCGCCCCAUUAAGGAUCUUAUGCAACAGGAGAAGGCCAAAGAAAUGAAAAAGAAGAAAAAAGAGGCAGAAGCUGAAAUCUCAGAAGUUGCCUCCAAUGCUACGGAAGAAGAUCAAGUGAUUGUCCUUAGGCCUUUAAACAUGGAAGACAUGAAAGAUGCAAAGAAUAAGGUGACUGCAAGCUAUGCUGAAGGAGGAUCAAAUAUGAAAAAGCUAGAGGAGUGGAAUGGUUUGUAUGGAGAAGGAGGUUCAAGGAAGAAAAAGGAGCAGCUUAGUUAUUUCUUAUAGAUUUAGAAAGCCAAGUUUUAAUAUGGAUACAUCAAUAUUCAUCUCAAAGAUGUAUAUAUAGUCUCUUUUUUCCAAUAUACAUAUUUAAAAUAUUUUCUUUCA